AUGAAAUCUACGUGGGGAGCCAGAGUGUUGGUGUGUGGGUUCUCCACAGGACGGAGAACGAAGAAGGUCGGUAUUACCGGUAAGUACGGUGUCCGUUACGGUUCCUCCUUGAGAAGACAAGUCAAGAAGUUGGAAAUCCAGCAGCACGCCAGAUACGACUGUUCUUUCUGCGGUAAGAAGACCGUCAAGAGAGGCGCUACUGGUAUCUGGACUUGCUCCAGCUGCAAGAAGACCGUUGCCGGCGGUGCUUACACCGUGUCUACUGCUGCCGCUGCCACCGUCAGAUCUACUAUCAGAAGAUUGAGGGAGAUGGCUGAGGCCUAA